CCCGGUGGGUGCCGGGGCGGCGGGGCCGGAGCGGCGGGGCCUCGCCCGGCCAUGGCCGCGGAGCCGCGCGGGGACGGGGCGGCGCGGCCCGGGGGCUGCCGGCCGCUCGCCCACCAGGUGGCCGGGCACGUGUACGGCGCCGAGAAGGGCGGUAUACUGCAGCAUCCAGAUGGGACUGUCCUGAAGCAGUUGCAGCCACCACCUCGCGGUCCGAGGGAGCAGGACUUCUACAACAAGGUUUAUGACUCUGACUGUUGUGACAGCGUUCUUCUGGAGCUGCGGGAAUAUCUGCCAAAAUACUUCGGUGUCUGGUCACCACCUACUGCACCAAAUGAUAUGUAUCUAAAACUGGAAGAUGUGACCCGUAAGUUUAAUAAGCCUUGCAUAAUGGAUGUAAAAAUAGGUCAGAAAAGUUAUGAUCCAUAUGCUUCAGCGGAGAAGAUACAGCAGCAGGUCAGCAAGUACCCGCUGAUGGAAGAGAUUGGCUUUUUGGUACUUGGCAUGAGGGUUUACCAUGUCUCUUCUGACAGCUAUGAGACACAAAACCAGCACUACGGAAGGAGCUUGACAAAGGAAACAGUGAAGGAUGGCAUCGCCAAGUUUUUCCACAAUGGGUACUGCUUGAGAAAAGAUGCGGUAGCUGCCAGCAUUCAGAAGAUUGAAAAGAUUCUGGAGUGGUUUGAGGGUCAGAAGCAGCUCAACUUUUAUGCAAGCUCACUACUCUUUGUUUAUGAAGGUUCUUGUCAGGCAACAACCGUGCGGUUCAGUGAUGUUGCUUUGGCAGAAAAGAGAGGAAUGCCCAAAGGACUGUUAUCAGGUGGAGACAUACUGGAGUAUAAUAACAACAUUCAUGUAAUAAAUUCUACAGAGAAUGGAAAAAUCGAGGCCUCAGUUGCUAAAGGCUUGUCCAAAUUUUAUGCACUUCACAAAAAGGCGUAUUCUAAGAGGCACCACAGUCAACUCUCACUAAAGGUUGAAAGCUUGGAGCAAGGCAACAUGUGGAAAAGCAGCACGUGCAUUACACAGGAGCAUCUGAAUGGAAACGUUAUACCCCAACUGGAAAAAGUGUUCUGUCACAUGCCAGCAGAGAUCAAGGAAAGCGCAAACGUGGAAGUUCGAAUGAUAGAUUUUGCUCAUGUGUUUCCUAGCAACACAAGGGAUGAGGGCUAUAUUUAUGGUCUGAAGAAUUUAAUCAAAGUACUUAAAAAUAUUUUGGAUAACUAAAUUCUUUGCUAUGGUUUUUACCGGGGGCCAAUGAUAAAGAAGAGCAACAACAUGAAGAAUUUCUGCACUUGUAAUGCUGUAUAACUGGGUUUGUAUUGUUCUAUAUUUUAUUUGUCUUUGUACUUUUGGUAGAAGGGUUUAACUUUUUAUAAUCUCACUCAGGAAAAUAAUAGAUAAUUAGGGAGUGUGAAAGGAUGAAGAUACUGGAGAUGAAGCAAGAUAGGUAAAUUAGUAGCAUGAAAUAUAUAUGGUGGGCUUGAAUCCAAGGAGUACAAUAAGCAAGGGUUAUGUUAGUUCCCGUAACUACUUUAGCAUAGAUGACGUUUCCCCACUUAGCCUUGACACUGAGCCGUGUCUCCAUUAACAGGUUUUCAGAAAACGGACUGAAAACUAACUUGCGGGAUUCAUGUCCUCAGUGCUGCCCUCCUGUGUUUACUGUCCUUGAAUAACUGGAGUUAACCCUGCUUUGAGGGAAAUCAAGUUCUGAGUCAGUAGUCUAACCUGGAAGCCAGUGUAUCAAAAAAUGCUUUUCAGUGUCACAGGAUGAUACUGUUGUUCUUUCAGCCCUGGUGUAGGCGCUUCUCCUCGUGGUGGUUGUCCAUAGCUGAUGUCCACCACAGACAAGCUACAACGUAAUUUGUGUUGAGGUGCUAAGAAAAUGUUGGAGUAAAAAUCCUAACAGGCUUAAACUGCACAACUGCUAGAGAAACUGUUUGUUCCUAAGAAAGAAUAAAAGAAUGCAAACACGAGGUGUUCCAGAACUAAGUUGGUUUAGGAGAUUAAGUCAGUCUGUUAAUGGAGUGUCUGAUGUUGUGACUAAGGGGACUGCCUCGCUCCUUUGUUUUGAUGGCCCUUCUCCAAAACCAUUGCUUUUAAAAGCGAACCAAUUGAGUAGGGAAACGAAGCUUUUUGAGUAAGCAUACAGAGAUUUCCUCUACGGGUCACUUUUCCACUGCUGGGGAGCACCAACCAGGAACAACGAAGGACCCUUUCCUGCAAAGAUCCGACUCAGCCCUGGAGCAACCAGAUGUGCCUCCAUUUGCUGUGGUGAAUUGUGGCUCUCUUAUCCUGGGCUAAAGCUGGCUCUUUUUUUUUUUUUUUUUUUUUAAAUGACACAUAGCAGUUUGAAAGUUGUCCCACUUCCUUCUUUUUCACAGGAAAAGUUCAAGCUUUCAUAUGAAAUAGUUGAGAUCAGGAUGUUGUGUCUGAAGCAUUUCUGGUGUGUCUUUUCUGUAUGCUGUGUACAUGGCUGUCCUACCACGCCUAGAAUCAGCUAUACGAGAAUUCGGGACGGAAGAGCCUUGCCAUCCAUAGAGUAAGAUUUUAAUGCUUUAAGACUCAGAAGUAAAACUUUUUAGAAUGGAUUUUGUCAUUGGAAGCAAAGAUACAUCUUUUACAUGUGAACUUAAUGUGACACCGUGGCCUUGCUGCUCUCUGUAUGAUGUUCUGCACUAUGCACUCAUUUGUGUACACGUCUUUGCAGGUCCUCAGUUUGACAUGUUUUCUAUAUCAGACAGAGAUAAAUACUUUUUCAAACAAAUCUGCUGUUUUAAAUAAAGCUGAAAUUUUAGCUCACUGAGAACCUGAGUUAAUUGGAAGAAACAGGGUAUUAUGUGUAGAACUACAUUGUUUAAACUUUAGAUGUAGUAUUGGCUAAUACAUUCAACGAUGAAAACAAUCUGUUAGUACCGUGAUGUUUUUGAUGCAUGGCAGGAGGGGCGGUAUCAUUUUGUUCAUGUUAUGCAAAUUAUGGUGAAGACUGAGGGGAGACUAUCAGGAAGAUAAAGUGUUUUUCUUCUGCCUGGUACUUCCAGUGCACCAGGUAGUUAAUAGGUUCCCAACUCCCUGUGAACUAAUUUAAGCCAUAUUCUAGGAAGAGUUUGUGGUUUUGUUUGCUUUGAUGCUGGUUUCUCUGUUAUGAUUUUGUUGUUCUAUCCCGUAAAUAGUCAAUACUAGUGUAGUCUGGGCUGGUAGAGGCCUUGUAUGAUAAAUCCACAGUGUUUUAUAGCAAAUACGAGGGAAAACAUUUGUACAUCUGAAUUUUUGUCCUGUGUAACUCAUCUCUCCUGGAUCUUAAUCCAUUUUGUGCCAGAGAAAUCAGCCAUCUGCCUCAAAGAAGUCAGUUAUUGGAAAAUGAUCUCUGUGCUCCUAGUAUAAGUGCAUUCUCCUGUCUCUGCUUUAAGAUAUGUCUUCAGUGUUUGAAUGCUGUUUAAGUAUUGAUUGUUGUGUGGACCGUGGCAGUGUUUGUAACGCACUUGGAAUGUUGUUAAACUGUCAGAAUAUUUUGAAUAAAAAAGAAUAAAAUAAUUUUAUCAUGUUUUUUUACCAGUAGUUAUUAUGGAUGUAUUUCUGUUAAUUUAAAAUGUAGCUUGAGAGAUAGCAGUAUUUUUAAUUGGAAGUUGUGUAAAUAAAGCUUGCUGUAGAGGUGUUUUGGCGUAGUACCAGCUGUGAAUUUAGGCCUGCAAAGGGUUAUGUUCACAUUGUCCUUGCACAUUUUAGAUCGGCCUUUCUAGUUUCUUGUAUCUGAUCAGAUUGGUUUCAGUAAUAGUUGGAGAUGCAUUCUCAGAAAUUAUUAAACAUGUAACAGAAUUAAUUAAUUAGAAGAAGAGGGAGGCACUGGUCACUAAGCUUAUACAUUGCCAUCGAUCUUCUUCCUUCCUUCCCAGUGAUGCCUCUCUUGUUCUCCAUAAGAAAUGUAACAGGAUGGGCACAGUUAUGUGGAAAUCUUUAAGGAAACAGUGAUGAGGCUUAUGGGUGUUUCUGUCUGGUAGAAAUGAAGGCAGGUCCCUUCCCAGGCUGGUGUGGUAUCACUGAGUGCUGUUGUUGUUGACAAAACCCAUCUGUUCUAAUUUUAAGCAAUAAGAGUUUGAUUUGGCGGAGUCAAUCGUCAAAAGGGAAUAUUCAUGGAAGCUCUGUUGUUUGUGUACUCUCAGAAAUACGCUUUUGUGAAGACUUUCUGCCUAGGUGAUCGUAAGAAUUGUGUAUGGGCUUACCUAAUAAGAGCUUGAAUUGUAUAAAGUUUUAUAAAAAAAAGCAUUUACAUAUAUGGUAUUUUUGGAUAUGGGUGGAAUUUAUUACAUAAACUACAUUGGAAAUUAUUAUACCAUUACGAAAUGUUUAAAAUGUCUUAAGCAAAUCAUUUUAUGAACAAAACCAGAGACUUUACCUAUAGUUGUGAUUCACAUGAAACCUGUACUAUUUUCUCUUUUGUUCCUGCUUUAUUACAUACUCUGAUAAUUCUUUUCCAUAACCCUACAGUUUUAUGGAGGAGUUCUAGAGGACUCGUUAGAUUAGGAGGUCACCACUCCCUUUAGUUUGAUUAACAGAGUGUGUACGUUCUUGAAAUACUUCUCUACACACGGUAUUCUAUGUCACGUUGGUAAACAAUACCUCUGGAGCCCCGGUGAGACUUGCUCACGGCAGAGUGCUCCUGCUGAUGGGUGUCUGGCUCGGGCAGUAUUUAACGCGGGCCUUGUCACCUGCAGCAGCAGCAGCAGGAAAGCAUGGCCUGUGCUGGCUGCCUCAGGCAGGGGUGCCCAGGGUGGAGCUUACAGACCACUGUAGUGUUCUCACUUCAUGAUGUGAAGUAUUAUCAAGUGUAGGACAGUGGAAGAGUAGAGACUCGCAUCCACAUCUGCUGGUUAAGGUUAUGAUUAGUUCAUCUUCCCUUUGAAUUUUUUUAAGACUCCUCCUGAGUGCCUUCUCCAGCCCUUGCCUCUGGCCACCUCUUGUAGCAUCACGGGGAAUGGUUUGAAGUGGAAUCUUUAUUUGCUAAAAAAACGAUGCCCCGUAACUGCUUUUAAAAUGCAAAUAUUGAAAAAUACCAUCAAAAUGCCUCAGAGACUGUGGGAAAUGCAAAUUCCCUUUUGUACUCUUUCCCAUGAAAGAGUAGGAGUGGAACGUGAGCAGAGAACAUGCUUUGAUGGGGAUUGGAUUUAGGUUUUGUGAAGCUUCUUGAUCUGUGUUUUGAAGAGGAGAUUUUGGGGACAAGGUGGGUGACAGCCAGACCGCAUGAAGUUUGCCUUUCCGUGCUGCAGUUAAGGUUGAGGUUUGUGUUUAGGAAGGUAGCAUAGCAGGAGGAGAUGGGAGUUCAUAAGGAGCACCAAGUAGGACAGCUGGGCAUUUCUGCAGUGCAGGUAGUGCCUACGGAAAAGAUCCAAAGGCUGCAAGUCUUCAAGCAUCUCACAGGGAGUAUAUGCCAUGCACGUUUAUGGAUUUAGAGCAGACCGCUGUGGGAUGUUACCUGUGAGUACGUGCCUCUCCAUUACCACAGGCCAAACACUGCCAGUUUGCUGUGUUCAUAGCAACCUAUAAAUGAAAGCUGCAGAGGUGUCAUCUAAAGGGCAGAUACAGCUGUUUGAGCAGUGUUUUAAAGGGUGAUAAAUGGGGUUGUACAGCAGAAAACACACUCAGGAAAUCUUAUUUGCUGUAGUGUUGUUUAGUGGAGAGGGGCCCUGUAUGGAGUUCAGUUUAUUAUAGGGCAUUCAACAUCAAUUAAUCAGAACAAGGGUACUUUAAAAACACCUUAGUUCGAUUUGUAUGUGUUGGUUCAAGCAGUUAUUUUACUUAUUUUAAGAAGUGACUUACGAAGUAACUUCCAAAUGUAACAUGUGCUGCACCUGAUAAUACCUGGAACUAGAGUGCACAAAGGCACUUUAAUACUCUGGGAGUCAUACUGGAAGAUAAAUGAAAGCAUGUGAAACUGCACCUGAUGUGUUGUUAAUUGUUUUUAGAAUAUAAAAUUCUACAUUAGUUAUGCUUGAUGGAUGAAUGUAUCUAGUUUAGUCUGGUCUCAAUUUCUUUGACUCAAGUGUCUAAAGCCGUCACCCAAUCUCUAAUUUGUAUGUGUUUGUAAUUUCAUUUGCUAUUUUUUGCCAUUACUGGACUGCAGGGGGUGGUGUUGAUAUGCGUGUUCAUUUUAUAGAACGUUGUACUAUGCUAUCAACCAGCUUUUGUAACUUAAUUCUAAGUGAUAUUUAGGGUAAUUCUAAUAGCUGUAUAUUUGGCAAAUUAUUAAAAUUUGCUG